GGUAAGGCGCGCCUGCGCCGUAAGCAAUCCCUCUUUGGACCUACGUCUCCACUGAAACGAUGGCCAAACGCACCAAGAAGGUGGGGAUCGUCGGUAAAUACGGCACGCGUUAUGGCGCGUCGCUGAGGAAGAUGGUCAAGAAAAUUGAAAUCUCCCAGCAUGCCAAGUACACCUGCUCAUUCUGUGGCAAGACCAAGAUGAAGAGGAGGGCUGUGGGUAUCUGGCACUGUGGGUCCUGCAUGAAGACCGUGGCUGGAGGAGCCUGGACUUACAACACAACUUCUGCCGUCACAGUAAAGUCUGCGAUCAGGAGGUUGAAGGAGCUGAAGGACCAGUAAACCAGUGGGAUGAUCACUGGUGGAUUUGGGACUCUGUUUUCUAUAAUUUAACCGACCUGGACAUGGCCUCAACAUCCACAAAUAAAACUGUCUGGAGCGGAA